CAGCGACCCGGCCCCUCCCGUCCCCCUCCUCCUCCCCGCCACAGCGACUCUCCCCUCGGCUCCACUCCGAGGAGGAACCCGGUGCCCCCUGGCCGAUCGUUUCCAGUCACGUUACCCCCCAAAAUGGAGGUCUGCAGAUGGCACCGCUAGCGUUUACCAGUCGCCGUACCCGUCCGCGUGUCUCUAAUGACGCUUUUGUCAGGACAGAAGUGAUCUGGUGCCAUCUUUUUGCCGAUUUUUCUGGAGGAUUUACUCGGGAGAUACUGAGCUCCAGGUUCUGGUUGAGGCAGCCAUGAGCUCCGGAGAGGGAACGGAGGAGACGAGCAAGGACGCCAGCGACUUAUCGCCGUUUUUGAAGACCGAUGGAUCCCUCCCUAAAGAGCCAAAAGGAGAUGUAUCCAGUCAGAUAGCAGGUUUCAGGAGAAAUGAGGAGAUGAGAGCAAUGGAGGUGCUUCCCAUCCUCAAAGAAAAAGUUGCCUUUUUGUCAGGCGGCAGAGACAGACGAGGUGGUCCAGUAUUAACGUUUCCGUCACGCAGCAACCACGACAGAAUACGAACGGACGACCUGAGGAGACUGAUCGCCUACCUCGCCGGCAUCCCCAGUGAGGAGGUGUGUAAACAUGGCUUCACGGUCAUCGUUGAUAUGCGCGGCUCCAAGUGGGACAGCAUCAAGCCGCUGCUGAAGAUCCUGCAGGAGUCGUUCCCAUCCUGCAUCCACGUCGCCCUCAUCAUCAAACCGGACAACUUCUGGCAGAAGCAGAGGACCAAUUUUGGCAGCUCCAAGUUUGAAUUUGAGACCACCAUGGUGUCACUAGAGGGCCUGACAAAGGUCGUGGACCCCUCCCAGCUGACGGCAGACUUCGACGGCAGUCUGGACUACAACCAUGAAGAGUGGAUAGAGGUACGUGUGGCGUUUGAGGAAUUCUCGGGUCACGCCACACAGAUGUUAGCCCGGCUAGAGGAGAUGCAGGAAACGGUGUCGAGGAAAGAUUUUCCCCAAGACCUGGACGGAGCCAGGAGGAUGAUAGAAGAGCACGCCACCCUGAAGAAGAAAGUCAUAAAAGCCCCAAUAGAGGAGCUCGACACUGAGGGACAGAGGUUACUGCAGCGCAUCCAGAGCAGCGAGUCCUUCUCCAACCGCAACGGCAGCAGUGGUGGCAGCGGCGGCAGCAACAGUACCAGCGGAGGGGUGUGCAACGCCGACACCCAGGGCCUUGUGCCGCGCAUCACCCAGCUCCUGGACAAGCUGCACUCCACCCGACAGCACCUCCACCAGGCCUGGCACAUCCGCAAGCUCCAGCUCGACCAGUGCUUUCAGCUCCGCCUCUUUGAGCAGGAUGCAGAGAAGAUGUUUGACUGGAUCACGCACAACAAGGGUUUGUUCCUGGCAGGCUACACAGAGAUUGGCAACAACCACCCCCACGCUACAGAGCUGCAAACCCAGCACAACCACUUUGCUAUGAACUGCAUGAACGUAUAUGUGAACAUCAACCGCAUCAUGUCGGUCGGUAACCGGCUGCUGGAGUCGGGUCACUACGCUUCCCAGCAGAUCAAGCAGAUCUCGGGCCAGCUGGAACAGGAGUGGAAGGCGUUUGCCGCCGCACUGGACGAGCGCAGCACGCUGCUAGAGAUGUCGGCGAGCUUCCACCAGAAAUGUGACCAGUACAUGAGUAACGUGGACUCGUGGUGCAAGGCGUGUGGCGAGGUGGAUCUGCCCUCCGAGCUGCAAGACCUCGAGGACGCCAUUCACCAUCACCAAGGCCUGUACGAACACAUCACCGCUGCCUAUUCUGAGGUGAGCCAAGACGGCAAAGCCCUACUGGACAAACUGCAGCGUCCUUUGACCCCAGGCGGUGCCGAUUCACUGACGGCAUCGGCGAACUACUCAAAAGCGGUGCACCACGUCCUGGACAUCAUCCACGAGGUGCUGCACCACCAGAGACAGCUGGAAAACAUCUGGCAGCACCGCAAAGUGCGUCUGCACCAGCGUCUGCAGCUCUGCGUCUUUCAGCAGGAUGUCCAGCAGGUGCUGGACUGGAUAGAGAACCACGGCGAGGCCUUCCUCAGCAAACACACCGGUGUGGGAAAGUCCCUCCAUCGAGCCCGAGCGCUACAGAAACGGCAUGAAGACUUUGAGGAAGUGGCACAGAACACGUACACCAAUGCCGACAAGCUGCUGGAGGCGGCCGAGCAGCUGGCCCAGACGGGUGAGUGCGACCCAGAGGAGAUCUACCAGGCCGCCCACCAGCUCGAAGACAGGAUCCAGGACUUUGUGCGCCGCGUGGAGCAGCGCAAAGUACUGCUGGACAUGUCUGUCGCCUUCCACACACACGUCAAAGAGCUGUGGACGUGGCUGGAGGAGCUCCAGAAGGAGUUGCUGGACGAUGUUUACGCAGAGUCUGUGGAGGCCGUCCAGGAUCUGAUCAAACGCUUUGGUCAACAGCAGCAGACCACACUGCAGGUCACUGUCAAUGUCAUCAAGGAGGGAGAAGACCUCAUCCAGCAGCUCAGGGACUCGGCCAUCUCCAGCAACAAGACGCCUCACAACAGCUCCAUCAACCACAUCGAGAGCGUCCUGCAGCAGCUGGACGAGGCCCAGGCUCAGAUGGAGGAACUCUUCCAGGAGAGGAAGAUCAAGCUGGAGCUCUUCCUGCAGCUCCGCAUCUUUGAGAGAGACGCCAUUGAUAUCAUCUCAGACCUGGAGUCAUGGAACGAGGAGCUGUCGGGUCAAAUGAACGAUUUUGACACAGAGGACCUGACGCUGGCCGAGCAGAGGCUGCAGCACCACGCCGACAAGGCCCUGACCAUGAAUAAUCUCACCUUCGACGUGAUCCACCAGGGACAGGAGCUGCUGCAGUACGUCAAUGAGGUCCAGGCCUCCGGUGUGGAGCUGCUCUGCGACCGCGAUGUCGACAUGGCCACGAGAGUUCAGGACUUGCUGGAGUUCCUCCAUGAAAAACAGCAGGAGCUGGACUUGGCAGCAGAGCAGCACCGCAGGCACCUGGAGCAGUGUGUACAGCUGAGACACCUGCAGGCUGAAGUGAAACAGGUUCUGGGUUGGAUUCGUAACGGCGAGUCGAUGCUGAAUGCUGGUCUGAUAACAGCCAGUUCCCUGCAGGAAGCUGAGCAACUGCAGAGGGAACAUGAACAGUUUCAACAUGCCAUCGAGAAAACCCACCAGAGUGCACUGCAGGUUCAGCAGAAGGCCGAGGCUCUGCUCCAGGCCAACCACUAUGACAUGGACCUGAUCAGAGACUGUGCAGAGAGCGUGGCCUCUCACUGGCAGCAGCUCAUGCUGAAGAUGGAGGACAGACUCAAGCUGGUCAAUGCCUCUGUGGCCUUCUACAAGACGUCUGAACAGGUGUGCAGUGUGUUGGAAAGCCUGGAGCAGGAGUAUAAGAGAGAGGAGGACUGGUGUGGAGGAGCCGACAAACUGGGACCCAACUGUGAAACCGACCACGUCACCCCCAUGAUCAGCAAACACCUGGAGCAGAAGGAGGCCUUCCUCAAGGCCUGCACUCUGGCCAGAAGAAACGCAGACGUCUUCCUCAAGUACAUGCACAGGAACAGCGUCAACAUGCCCGGGAUGCUGAGUCACGUCAAAGCACCAGAACAGCAGGUUAAAAACAUCCUCAAUGAGCUGCUGCAGAGAGAGAACCGUGUCCUCCACUUCUGGACCAUGAGGAAACGGCGGCUGGACCAGUGUCAGCAGUAUGUGGUGUUUGAACGCAGCGCCAAACAGGCUCUGGAGUGGAUUCACGACACCGGGGAGUUUUACCUGUCCACACACACCUCCACUGGCUCGAGUAUCCACCACACGCAGGAACUGCUGAAGGAACACGAGGACUUCCACAUCACAGCCAAGCAAACUAAGGAACGUGUGAAGCUGCUGAUCCAGCUGGCCGACGGCUUCUGCGAGAAAGGCCACAGUCACGCGGGGGAGAUAAAGAAGUGGGUGACAGCGGUGGACAAACGCUACCGCGACUUUUCCCUGCGCAUGGACAAGUACCGCUGCAGCCUGGAGAAAGCCCUCGGCAUCUCCUCGGACUCUAACAAGGCGAGUAAGGAUCUCCAGCUGGACAUCAUUCCAGCCACGGCUCCAGGUUCGGAGGUCAAACUGAGAGAUGCCGCUCACGAGCUCAACGAGGAGAAACGCAAGUCGGCACGCAGAAAGGAGUUCAUCAUGGCAGAGCUGAUUCAGACGGAGAAAGCCUACGUACGGGACCUGCGGGAGUGCAUGGAUACGUACCUGUGGGAGAUGACCAGUGGAGUUGAGGAGAUUCCGCCAGGAAUCAUCAACAAGGAGCACAUCAUCUUUGGCAACAUGCAGGACCUUUAUGAGUUCCAUCACAACAUCUUUCUUAAAGAGCUGGAGAAAUACGAGCAGCUACCAGAGGACGUUGGUCACUGCUUUGUCACCUGGGCCGAUAAAUUCCAGAUGUACGUGAACUACUGUAAGAACAAGCCUGACUCCACCCAGCUCAUCUUGGAGCAUGCUGGGAACUAUUUCGACGAGAUUCAGCAGAGGCACCGACUGGCCAACUCCAUCUCCUCGUACCUGAUCAAACCUGUGCAGAGAAUCACCAAGUACCAGCUCCUGCUGAAGGAGCUGCUGACUUGCUGUGAAGAAGGUAAAGGAGAGAUCAAGGAUGGCCUUGAGGUGAUGCUGAGUGUUCCCAAGAAAGCCAACGAUGCCAUGCACCUCUCUAUGCUUGAAGGUUUUGAUGAAAACAUCGAGUCCCAGGGCGAGCUCAUUCUUCAGGAGUCCUUCCAGGUGUGGGAUCCAAAGACUCUGAUCCGUAAAGGCAGAGAGCGCCACCUCUUCCUCUUUGAGAUGUCUCUCGUCUUCAGCAAAGAGGUCAAGGACUCAAACGGCAGGAGCAAAUACAUCUAUAAGAGCAAACUCUUUACGUCAGAGUUGGGGGUGACGGAGCACGUCGAAGGAGACCCGUGUAAAUUUGCUCUCUGGGUGGGACGCACCCCGACUUCUGACAACAAGAUUGUGCUCAAGCUAAGUCAGGGAUCCAAACAUGGAGCCAUGGCAUCGAGCAUCGAGAACAAGCAGGACUGGAUCAAGCACAUCAGAGAAGUAAUCCAGGAGCGAACCAUUCACCUGAGAGGAGCCCUCAAAGAGCCCAUACAUAUUCCAAAACCUAGCACAGCCAAGCACCAUAAGGGACGAAGGGAUGGAGAGGACUUGGACAGUCAGGGUGAAGGCAGCAGCCAACCAGACACCAUCUCUCUGGCAUCACGCACCUCUCAGAACACACUAGACAGUGACAAGCUCUCCGGCGGCUGCGAACUGACCGUGGUGAUUCACGACUUCAUGGCCAGCAACAGCAACGAGCUGACGGUGCGACGUGGUCAGACGGUGGAGGUCCUGGAGCGCUGUCACGACAAACCCGACUGGUGCCUGGUCAGGACCACGGACCGCUCGCCGGCGCUGGAGGGCCUGGUGCCGUGCGCCAUGCUCUGCAUCGCCCACUCCAGGUCCUCCAUGGAGAUGGAGGGUAUCUUCAACCACAAAGACACUUUGUCAGUGUGCAGCAAUGACUCCAUCAUGCCAGGAUCAUCCGCCACACUUCAGCCUGGUCAUGGUAUCGGCUCCCACACGUCACCAGGACCAAAAAGACCAGGUAACACCCUGCGAAAGUGGCUCACCAGCCCGGUGCGUCGGCUAAGCAGCGGCAAGGCAGAUGGCCACGUGAAGAAACUGGCUCACAAGCACAAGAAGAGCCGCGAGGUGAGGAAGAGCGGGGAGAUGACAAUGGGCUCACAGAAAGACUCUGACGACAGCGCUGCUACACCUCAGGAUGAGACUGUGGAGGAGAGAGUUCGUAACGAGGGCCUGUCGAGUGGCACCUUGUCCAAGUCCAGUUCUUCGGGGAUGCAGAGCUGCGGCGAGGAGGAGGGCGAGGAAGGCGCCGACUCGGUGCCGCUGCCUCCGCCUAUGGCCAUCCAACAGCACAGCCUGCUGCAGCCGGACUCACAGGACGACAAGACCUCCUCUCGUCUGUCGGUGCGUCCGUCCAGUUCGGAGACGCCCAGUGCCGCGGAGUUGGUGAGCGCCAUCGAGGAGUUGGUCAAGAGCAAGAUGGCUCUGGAGGACAGACCCAGCUCUCUGUCAGUAGAACAGGGAGACAGCAGCUCUCCGUCUUUCAACCCGUCCGACAACUCCCUCCUGUCCUCGUCCUCGCCCAUUGACGAGAUGGACGAACGCAGGACCAGCGUCCUCAAGAAAAGACAUCACAUUCUGCUGGAGCUGGUGGAGACGGAGAGGGAUUACGUCAAAGACCUGGGCCUGGUGGUGGACGGCUACAUGACUCGGAUGAAGGAGGAGGGCGUCCCUGAUGACAUGAAAGGGAAAGACAAGAUUGUGUUUGGCAACAUCCACCAGAUCUAUGACUGGCACAAAGAAUUCUUCCUCGGGGAGUUGGAGAAGUGUUUGGAGGACCCCGACAGACUGGGACCACUCUUUCUCAAACAGGAGCGGAGACUAAACAUGUACGUAGUGUACUGUCAAAACAAGCCCAAAUCAGAGCACAUCGUCUCAGAGUACAUCGACACCUACUUCGAGGACCUGAAGCAGCGACUGGGACACAGACUACAGAUCACAGACCUGCUCAUCAAACCAGUGCAGAGGAUCAUGAAGUACCAGCUGCUGCUCAAGGACUUUCUGAAACACUCUAAAAAGGCUGGAGUGGAGUCCAUGGAGUUGGAGAAAGCGGUGGAGGUCAUGUGCAUCGUUCCGAAAAGGUGUAAUGACAUGAUGAAUGUUGGCCGCCUUCAGGGAUUUGAUGGGAAGAUUGUGGCUCAGGGCCGCCUCUUACUGCAGGACACGUUCAUGGUGUGUGACCCAGAGGGCAGCCUCAUUGGCCGCAUGAAGGAGAGGAGAGUGUUCCUCUUUGAGCAGCUGGUCAUCUUCAGUGAGCCCCUCGACAAGAAGAAAGGCUUCUCGUUGCCUGGCUUUCUCUACAAGAACAGCAUAAAGGUGAACUGCUUGGGUCUGGAGGACAACCUGGAGAACGAUCCCUGUAAGUUCAUUCUCACUUCUCGGUCGACCAACGGCACCGUGGAGACCUUCGUGCUUCACUCCUCUCAUCCUGGGGUGCGUGAGGUCUGGACGCUUCAGAUCAGCCAGAUACUCGAGAGCCAGCCCAACUUCCUCAAUGCUCUGACCUCACCAAUAGAGUAUCAGAGGAACCAUGUAGGGGCAAGCGGGGGCUCGUGCGUCCCCAGCACGGGAGCUCCAGGUGGAGGAACGGGUGGGUCGAGUGCAUCUCCCGCAGUUGGAAGCUCCCAGAGUAGUUCCGUCCCGUCAGGACCGCAGGGUGGCUCCCGACGGCCCUCCAGAAUCCCUCAACCGUCCCGCCUUCCCCAGCCUCUACGCCACCACCCCGGGGCUGACCCCAACAAGAUGUCAGGUUCAUCCCCUCGUCCCGUCCCACCUCCCCUGCUCCCUGCGGGGGGCAGCCCACAGGGCAAGCGCCCCAGCCAAACCCCAGAAGACCAUGCACAGACCCCCACCCCUGCCAAUGCCGUAGCCCCCAUUCCUCGUGCCACAAUUGGGCCUCUGCCCGCAACACCCACGUCUAAACCACGGCCUGGAGCCGUGCCUCCUUUGGCCUCGCCACUGUCAACUCCAAGCUUUAGCAAAGACAUCCUCCCUCCUCCCCCUCCCAGCCCUGGCCAGAAGUCUGCAUCUGGAUUCUGGAGCUCUAUGCCAGGCUCUCCAGCCAGCCGGCCUGGCUCGUUCACCUUCCCCGGGGAGGCGGGAGAGAGUCCCGUUCGCCAGAACUCAAACCAAAUCCAGGCUGGCUCUGGAUCUGGGAGCCAAAGCCACAGGCACUCGACACACAGCAAGGAGGCGGACCGCAUGAGUACGUGCUCAUCGGCGAGUGAGCAGUCCAUCCAGUCCACCCAGAGUAACGGGAGUGAAAGUAGCAGCAGCAGUAGCGUAUCCACCAUGUUGGUGACCCAGGACUACAUGGCUGUGAAGGAGGAUGAGAUCAGCGUUAUUCAGGGCGAGGUGGUUCAGAUCUUGGCCAGCAACCAGCAAAACAUGUUCUUAGUGUUCAGAGCGGCGACUGAGCAGGGCCCCGCCGCCGAGGGCUGGAUCCCCGGGUUUGUGCUGGGACACACUUCAGCCAUCGUCCCCGACUGUCCCGAAGGAUCCAUCAACAGGAAGUCUUCAUCGUGGCACACGUCCCUGCGCAUCCGUAAAAAGUCUGAGAAGAAGGAGAAGGAGGCGAAGAAAGAGACCAAGCUGGAAAACGGUUACAGGAAGUCCAGAGACGGCCUGGCUAAUAAAGUUUCUGUAAAGCUUCUAAAUCCAAACUACAUCUAUGAUGUUCCCCCAGAGUUUCUUGUACCUCUGAGUGACGUGACAUGCGACAAUGGAGAGAGCGUCACUCUGAGGUGUAAGGUCUGUGGUCGACCUCGGGCCGCCGUGACCUGGAAAGGACCCAACCAGAGCAACCUCACCAACAAUGGACACUUCAGCAUCGCCUACACUGAUACCGGUGAAGCGACACUGCGGAUAAUUGGUGUCGCGUCUGAGGAUGACGGCGUUUACACGUGCGUUGCCACUAACGAUCUGGGCAGCGUGGCAUCGUCGGCUAGCCUCAGAGUAUUAGCUGUGUCCACUGAUGGGAUCAGAGUGAGCUGGAAAGACAACUUUGAGUCUCACUACACUGAAGUGGUUGAACUGGGAAGGGGUCGUUUCUCCGUCGUCAAGCGCUGCGACCACCUGGGCACCAAGCGCUCGGUGGCGGUCAAACAGGUGAACAAGAAACUGAUGAGGAGGGACCGCGUCACCCAGGAACUCAAUCUGCUCCAGAGGCUCCAGCACCCCCACAUACUCAGCCUGAUCGACACGUAUGAAACCCCCAGCAGCUACGUUGUGGUCCUGGAGAUGGCCGACCAAGGUCGUCUGCUGGACUACAUCGUGAGCUGGGGGAAUCUGACCGAGGAGAAAGUAGCCUGCUACCUACGGGACGUUUUAGAAGCUUUACACUACCUGCACAACUGCAGGAUCGCACAUUUGGAUGUAAAACCUGAGAACCUGCUGGUGACCCACAGUUCCAGCGGCCAGCCGACGGUCAAACUCACAGACUUUGGCGAUGCCGUCCAGCUCAACAGUGCCCACCAUGUCCACCCUCUCCUGGGCAGCCCCGAGUUUGCCUCCCCAGAACUGGUCCUCGGAGAGCCGGUGUCACUGACCUCGGACCUGUGGAGCCUGGGCGUCGUGACCUACGUGCUGCUGAGCGGCGCCUCCCCCUUCCUUGACGAGAGUGCCGAAGAGACAUGCUUGAACAUCUGCCGGCUGGACUUCAGCUUCCCCAGCGAUUACUUCCAGGGUGUCAGCCAGGUGGCCCGGGACUUUGUGUGCCUGCUCCUGAGGACUGACCCCAGCAGGAGACCUUCAGCUGGGCUCUGCCUGCAGGACCCGUGGCUGCAGGCUGGUCUGACCGACGGUAGCUCGAGAGCAGAGUGCUGCCUGGACACCUCCCGCCUCAUCGCCUUCAUAGACCGGCGGAAACACCAGACUGACGCCCGGCCCAUCGGAGGCGUCAGGAGCUUCAUCCACAGUCGCCUUCAGCCUCGAGUUUGAAAUCAAACAAGCCGACGCCGUGACCAGAAUACAGCAGGAGAAAAAACUGGGACGCAGAUUCCUUUGGAUCGAGCAUCUUGGAUUGUCUAGUUGUAAAAAAAAAAAGAAAGAAGGAGAAACGAUAAAUGCUGAUCUGAUCCUCGUUCACAGAAUGUUGCUUUUACUUAAAGUCCUGUAGUCCUUUUAUCAGUUCAACUGAGACCUUGUGAGGUCUUAAGCCAAUCAGAGCCCUAGAGAACCGAGUUCUCACCACGUAAAGUCAUGGAUGCCUUUCGUCUACUGCUGCUUGCUUGAUUCAACUCAAAACAGAUUUUAUACUUACAUGAACAAAAAGCCUAAUAAUAAUAAUAAUAAUAACAAAAAUAAUAAUAAUAAAAAAUAAUAAAAAAAAUAACUAUGAAGUAAUUUAUUUUCCUUUGCAAGAGUAAAAGCUGAUCAGUAGAGCCAGGUGAUCAGCCUCACUGCACAGACGCACAGCUUUCAGGGGGAAAGUGAUGGCGCCGAGAGGCAAACUGCCCUCCCUGUCGUCGCCGUCGAGGGUCUCAGACGUGGUGCGCCUUUGCUCUUUUACACCAAACUGUAACUCAAAAAGACUUGUGAGGAGCAGCAGCCCUUUCUUAUAGAAAACUAUGUAUAGAAAAGGAAAAAAAAAAGUACUGUCUAAGUUUCCAAGGAGAGAAAAACACACACACACACACACACACACACACAGACAAUUAUAGAAAAUGUUGACCAGUUGAAAGUUGCCAUGCUACUUUGGACUUCCGUAGACGGCGGCCGAGCUUCUUCGAGACAUUUAUACGUGCGAUCAGAGCUUUUUUUGAUGGCUGCGCUUACAUGACGUAACCUAAUCUAAAAAGACACCAUAAAUGAUGACCAUGUCGCAAGUAAACAAAGCUGCACUGUCCAAUCCGAGAAGAAACUCUAUAGACAUCCAUCGUUUGCUUUUCCUAGAACAAACUUGUGUUGCGCAGAUAUGAGAUGUUUUAAGCCUUACCUUGUAAAUAGACUCUGGCCUUCUAUCGCCCUUACAUUCACAGUGUGAGACUGUCGGUGUCCAGCGGGGGCACUGGUCAGCCAAAUCAGAUGUGAGUGAAUGUGGAGGCAGACGAGGACUUGUUACUGUAAAUGCACUCAUUGUAUGUUAUGUUUUGAUUAUUAUGUGCAAUGUUGCGGCUUUAACAUUUUAUGCAACUAUUUAUGAAGACAUCUGUUGUAUCUGUAAUAAAUCUAGAGAAAAAGCACGUACUUGGUACUGCAAGCACUGCUGGUAGUUUGUGUUUAUUUGAUUGCGAGUGUGUUACGACAUCCAGGCGGCCAGCUCGUGUGUGUGUGUGUGUGUGUGUGUGCGCGCGUGUGUGUAUGGAAGUAAAUCUGUGCCACUUUGAAUUUCUAACACUGAAAUUUUUUGUAUCGAAAUCAGACUCUGAUUUUGAAAAGCCAUUACAUUUCAAGUGUUGAUUUUUUUUAUUUCAACUUUUUUAUUUCAAAUUAAACUUUUUAGAUUUGAAUUGUUUUUGAAAAAUUCAAAGAAUUGAGUCUAAAAAAAUUCAAUGUCUCAAAAUGUUCUGUCAAAAUUCAACUUUUGAUUUUUUGAGAAUUAAUUCUUUAAGAUGUCGAUUUUUUUUACACUGAAUUUAUUUUAACAUUGACAAAGUCAAGUGUUAGAAAUUCAAACUCUAUGGCACAGGUGUGUGUGUGUGUGUGUGUGUGUGUGUGUGAGAUAGAGGUCACGGCUUACAAUCAUGAGUUGAUCAAAAAAUAAUUUAACACUUUUUUUUUUUUUUCUACUGUAUGCCUCUGUAGUAUUGGUACACCAAAGUCACUCUAGCUUUAUAGUACAUAACAAAACUGUUUGGCGAUUAUGUGUCACAUGAAAUGACAGUUUACACGAGUUAAACACGACAGUUUGUCCUAAAUAAAUGAAAAAAGGCAGAGGGACAGAGAAUCGAGCGGGGAGAUUUUGCCACGUCAUUAACGACGUGAUGCCGGAACUUAAUGUACAAACACUUGUUGCCAAAAAUCCAUAAAUUCCUUUUUUUUUUUUUUUUUUACUUCAAAAGAAAACAUUUAUUCCUUCCCUCGCAAUUAACAAGUGGCUAUUUUGUGUGACUAGUUUGAUUUUUCCUCAAAUGAAAACAACGUAGCCACGGUGCGAACUUCCCUGUUCUGAGGUGAAAUGGUUUCCAACAGGAACAGAAGUCACAGUCCUCUGUUACCUUUUCUAUUUAUUUUUAAAAGGUGUGCACAGACAAUUACAAACAGAAACUUGGACUGGAUACCUCACUUAAGGGUUUUUGUGUUUCUUCAUUGUUUGUCUUUUCUUUUUUUUUUGUCAUGUUUGUUUCCAGUUUCAUAAAUUACAUGUUUGGUAUUUGUUUUUAUGUUGUUGUUAUUGUUGUUUUUUUAAUCUUUGCAUGUAUAUUUCUUUGUACAGAUCAUACAUAUUUUUCUUGUGUAAAUAUUCUCAUUUUUGUUCAUCAGUUAAUUUGAAAAUUAAACAAUGAACACAUUGCA